AUGUCGCCCCGAGGCGGCCACCUCAAAGAUGAGGGUUCGAAACUCCAAGUCGUGUCAGCCGGCGCCAUAGCUGGCCUCGUCUCUCGAUUCAUCGUCGCCCCCCUUGACGUCGUCAAGAUCCGCCUCCAGCUCCAGCCGUACUCGCUCUCCGACCCCUUGGCCCCCUUGCGCGAAGCACCCGCCUACCGCGGCACCGUCCGCACCAUCAAGCACAUCCUCAGGCAUGAAGGGCUCACGGGCCUGUGGAAGGGCAACGUGCCCGCCGAGCUAAUGUACGUGUGCUACUCGGCCGUCCAGUUCACCACGUACCGCUCCACCACCGUCUUCCUGCAGACCGCGCUGCCCAACACGCGCAUGCCCGACUCGGCAGAGACGUUUGUCGCCGGCGCCGUCUCCGGGGCUGCGGCCACGGGGGCUACGUACCCUCUGGACCUGCUAAGGACGCGGUUCGCCGCCCAGGGGAGGCAUCGCGUCUACUCGUCUCUGCGCGGUGCGCUGUGGGACAUUUAUCGUGACGAGGGACCCAAGGGCUUCUUUCGUGGCCUGGGGCCGGCACUGGGCCAGAUCAUCCCCUUUAUGGGCAUCUUCUUCGCCUCCUACGAAGGCCUGCGGCUUCAGCUUGGCCACCUCCACCUCCCCUGGGGCAGCGGCGAUGCCACGGCCGGCAUCAUCGCCAGUGUCGUUGCAAAAACGGCCGUCUUCCCGCUCGAUCUCGUCCGCAAGCGCAUCCAGGUUCAGGGCCCCACCCGGAGCAAGUAUGUGUACAAAGAUAUUCCCAUCUACACCUCCGCGGUACGAGGUAUCCAGUCAAUAUACCGAACAGAGGGUCUGCGAGGCCUGUACAAGGGUCUCCCAAUCAGCCUUGUUAAAGCUGCUCCCUCGAGCGCAAUUACACUUUGGACGUAUGAACGAAGCUUGAAGCUUCUAAUGAGCUUUGAUAAAGAUGAAAAGGAAGCGUCGAUAUGA